CCAUGGCGAGGGUCCUCCGGCGCGCCCAGCCCCUCCUCCGCCAGCUCCUCCGGCCGCUUCCGCCCCUCUCCUCCGGCUCUCCGUCGUCCUCGACGCCCGCACCGAAUCAAGAAGUGAUACUUUCCUAAGUACGAUCAUUCUCUGCUUAUUUGCAAAAGUGGGGAGACCAUUAUCCUAUCAAUUGGUUAAUCUGCGAAGAACAUGGGAUGCUGCUAUCAAAAUUUGUCACAUACAGUUCAACUGCGGAGUUUGUCUGCAGAAGGGAGAGAACAGUCAAAAUCAGAUGACGAUAGUUACAGAGAGGAAGGUAUUAAGCAAAAAGACUUUGCGCUUCAACAAGCUCUUGACCAGAUUACAUCUGCAUUUGGUGAGGAGUCAAUAAUGUGGCUAAAUCACUCAUAUGGUCGUAAAGAAGUUCCUGUUGUAUCUACGGGAUCCUUUGCAUUGGACACAGCUUUAGGAAUUGGUGGACUUCCAAAGGGUAGGGUCAUUGAAAUUUAUGGUCCAGAGGCUUCGGGGAAAACAACUUUGGCACUUCAUGUCAUAGCUGAAGCACAGAAGACUGGAGGAUAUUGUGCUUUUAUUGAUGCUGAGCAUGCUCUGGAUCCGACCUUCGCAGAAUCUAUAGGAGUGAAGGCAGAACAUAUGCUACUGUCUCAACCAGACUGUGGUGAACAGGCCCUUGGCCUUGCUGACAUCCUAAUUCGAAGUGGCUCUAUCGAUGUUGUGGUUGUGGACAGUGUAGCAGCUCUUGUUCCGAAAACAGAACUGGAUGGUGAGAUGGGAGAUGCGCACGUUGCACUUCAAGCAAGGCUUAUGAGUCAAGCACUUCGCAAGUUGAGCCAUUCUCUUUCACGCUCCAGGACAAUCUUGUUAUUUGUUAACCAGCUAAGAUCGAAACUAAGCACAUUUAGUGGGUUUGGAGCACCAGCGGAAGUAACUUGUGGAGGAAAUGCCUUGAAAUUUUAUGCUUCGGUUCGCUUGAACACCAAAAGGGUCGGUCUUAUAAAAAAGUCUGAAGAGGUUGUAGGUACACAAAUUCAAGUCAAGAUUGUGAAAAACAAACAUGCUCCACCGUUUAAGACGGUACAGCUUGAGCUCGAGUUUGGCAAGGGCUUAAGUCGUGAAUCAGAGAUUAUUGAAUUAGGGCUCAAGCACAAGUUCAUAACAAAAUCAGGAUUGUUUUAUCACAUGAAUGGACUGAAUUUCCACGGCAAGGAUGCCAUCAAACAUUACCUUGCUGAGAACAGAGAUGGCCAGGAAGAUCUGAUGGCGAUGAUAAGAGAAAAGAUAAUGCACGAUGAGUCCCAGCUCGAUAGAAAAAAGGAGGAUGCUAACCCAGAUACGAGUUUAACAGAAGAGAUUGUUACAGUGACAGAUGAAGAGGUACACGACGAGCUUGACACAGCUAAGUAACGUGACAGAAAUGUAAAAUAUGCUGCUUGCCAUCUGAGCUUGGAAGGAUGAAAAUGUGAAAUCAAUUUAAGAAAGGUGCGCAAUCAGGACCGAGUAGUGUAAGCAUCUAUCAAAGUUUUUGCUUUCCUUAUGUAUAUUUUACAAUUGUAAAUAUUUUGCUCUUUCGUCUUUCAAAAGUUCACCAUAUGCCUGGUACAUACCGGCUUCUUGGCACGCUGGUCACAGUACCUGUCAAAGAUUAAUUCCUAAUAAUAUGUUUGUAAAUUGA